AUGGCUUCCGGCUUCCCUGUGCGUCGAAUUCCGGCCAUGUUUGCCAGACGGCAACCUCGAGUAAUCAGCACAGCAAGACGCCUGAACUCUUCCUCUUCUGUCCAGACUCAAAAUCCCGCCUAUCCCCUGUAUCCCUCUGUCAUCCAGCUCCUUCACGAGAAGGGCAUCCCCGAGUCCGACAUCUCCAAGAUUCCCGCGUCCGGUCCCAAGGGCCGUCUUCUCAAGGGUGAUGUCCUCGCCUACAUCGGCGCCAUUCCAGCCGACUACCCAUCCUCGCAAGCAUCCCGACUCACCAAGCUCUCCCACCUCGACCUCAGCAACAUCAAGAUCGCAGCUCCCCCGAAGCCUGCCGAGCCCAAGGCUCCGGUAGUCGAGGAAAUCGCCAGACCCCCACCCACAGUCUCAGUAGCCAUCUCAGUUUCGCUGGCUACCGUGCUCUCCGCCCAGAAGAAGAUCAAGGAAACACUGGGCGUCACGGUCCCGUUAUCGACCUUCCUUGCGCGCGCCACCGAUCUCGCGAAUGACGACCUCCCUCGGUCUUCUCGCAGCAAGCCCUCCGCAGACGAGCUCUUUGAUGAGAUCCUCGGCGCUGAGCCCAUCAAGACCUCCCGGGGCGACUACUUCCCUGAACUGAACGCCCUCGAGGCCGUUCCGGUCCAGUCCGCCCAGUCCUACAAGAAAGACAUCAUCGAUAUUCUCAGCGGUAAUGUGUCGAAGAAGGCUCCUCGUGCGGCCUUCGUGGAGGAUGCCCCCGUGGGCUCUGCCGCAAAUGUGUUCAGUCUCACCGUUCCUGUGGGCGAUGAGAACCGGGCCAAGGUUUUCCUAGACCGGGUGAAGACCCUUCUGACAAUUGAGCCUGGAAGGCUUGUACUAUAG